GAAAAUAACAAACUCACACCCCCAGGAGUUUUCCCAGCACAGGCAUUUCAGAUUUUCCAAUCAACAAAAUCGUUGAACGAACUACUCGAAUUCCCGAAGCACACACAAGUUUUAGAAUAUAUAUAUUUUUUUUCCUGUUUAAAUUAAAAUAAAUAACUACCGCCGGCAAAAUGGAUGAGCUAGACAUAACCAGCGUGGGUCAGUUCCAGACCCUGGUGCGGUACAAUAAUCCGGUGCUGGUGGUCAAGCACCCGGACAAAAAGGGAGGAGCUCCGCUAACGGAGAUUGAGAUGAAAAGGCCGCAAACGGCGGGCGCUUUACUAGAUACGAAACGAGAGACCGAGGAGAUAUUAAAUUCUAUACUGCCCCCACGUUGCUGGGAAGAGGAUAGCCAGCUGUGGCAGCAGUCUGUGUCCAGCACUCCGGCCACACGCCAGGAUGUGAUUAAUUUACAGGAGAUGCUCGACACGAGGCUGCAGCAAACUCAAGCCCGCGAAACGGGCAUCUGUCCAGUCCGCCGUGAGCUUUACUCACAGUGUUUUGAUGAGAUUAUUCGUCAGGUGACCAUAAACUGUUCCGAGCGCGGCCUGCUACUGCUGCGCAUCCGCGAUGAGAUCGCCAUGUCUAUGGAGGCCUACGAGACACUUUAUUGCAGCUCCGUGGCUUUCGGAAUGCGCAAAGCCUUGCAGGCGCACGAGGAAAAGGAGAUGCUUCGUGAUCGGGUCAAGACUCUUGAACAGGAUAAAGAGGCGCUCGAGGAGAUUAUCGCCGACAUGAAACUGAAACAGGAGCAAGCCGAGCGGCGCAAUGCCGAGUUGCGAGCCUCCGAGGAGAAGAAGUUCACCGAGGAAAUCACUUUCCUGAAGAAGACCAACGCCCAGCUGAAGGCUCAGCUAGAGGGCAUAACCGCACCCAAAAAGUAGAUGAAAAUUUAUGGUGUAUGGUCUAUGUGUUUUGCAUUUGUCACUUAAACUUUGUUGGAACUUAUUGAAAUUAAAUUAUUUGAGCAAAUUAA